ACAUACUAGUCAGAUACAAGAUUAAAAUUUUGGGAAUGUCCUUUUCAGUUUUGGUCAUGGAUAAAAACAGAAAAAUAAUCAUCAACAAUAACAAAGACGAACUAAAGAUUGUUUCAAAUUGGGGUCAGGUCAAACGGAACGUCAAACUCUCAGACGUGGUGGACCCACUGAUAGAGAAAGGACUCAUCACGCCCGACCAAUGGAUGGACAUCAAAAAUCGACCAAUCAGCGAGCCAGAAAAGAUGGAGGAAUUCAUGUAUAUACUUCUGAAACAGAAGUCAGGAGCUCUGGGGAUUUUUCUGAAAGCAUUAAGAAACUCCGGUUUUCAUCAUGUUGCCGACGAAUUAGAAGGGAUUCCUCAUAAAGAUGGUUGUGAUCAUUCGAGGACACACCCCAGGGUUCCUGAUGUUUGCACAACAGAGACGAAUAAAGAAGGGAAAAGUGGGGGCCAAGGUUCUGCCUCAUCUUCGAAAAGUACCGACACAGUGCGCCAGGAGGAUCUCCACAAAAUGAAAGAGGAAAUAAAAGACGAAUUGCGCAACAUUCGUGAAAAUUUGGCAUCUGAAAGAAAACAAGACAGAGACCAAUUGUUGUUGCUUCAGCGAGAACAUAAACAUUUACAAAAUGAUUUCGAAAGACUUCGACAACAGAAAAGUGAACUGUCAUCGCGUUUGGAUGAUCUGAUGAGUUCUGUUGACAGUUUAAAGAGCAAACUGGAAGAAAAAGAACGUGAAUAUCAGGAGCUGAAAAGAAUAAAUAACGGACUGAGAGAAGAUUUGAUGAGACAAAAUAAGAGUAACUCCAGAUCCAUACAGAAAAAGGACAAAGAGAAAGAGGAAAUGGAGAAAAGGUUAGAGAAGAAGGAGGAUGAAUAUAAAUUAUUACAAGCCAUGAUGGAGACCUUAAAAAGUGACCACGAGGAGAGGCUACACAGACUUAAAGUCGUAAACAAAGAAAAGGUAAGGUUAGACGGGGAGUACAAAAACGUUCUGUUGGAGAAAAAAGAACUGGAAUCUAAGUACCAAGCCCUAAACCAGCAGGUAAAGGAAGUACAAGUGAAGCAUACAAAGGAAGUGACGCAACUCCAAGGUGACGUCAAGGAUCGUAUGUUGAGGAUCGAGGAGCUAGAGAGAGACAAAAACGAACUAUCACAACAACUAAGCGAGUCCGAAAAAGAAAACGAAGAACUAAAAAAGGAGAACAAGAAACUAGAACAGGAUUUACGCCGCACUGAAGGGGAUAAGGAAAUUCUGCAAACGAGGCUUCGUCAGUCCGACCUUCAAAAGUAUACAGUCCCUCCGUUCUCUUCGGUGGCUAGGCAUCCAAAUUAUCCUCCCCAGACAAGAGCCCCGCCAAAGCCUCAAUGGAGGUUGGGAGCACGUGGCAAACAUCACUAAAAUUCACGUAAAGAUACU